AUGGGGCCCGAGGCGAUAAGAAAGCUUCUUAUAGAUGAACAAGAGAGAACACCGCAGCAGCAGCAGCAGCAAGGGCAGCAGCAGCAGGAAACUGUAGCUGCACGGGAUAUAUUGGAGGCGGUGGAGCAGCUUGCUGAUGACGAGCGUCGCCUGUUGCUGAAGUCUCUGCGGGAGAUUGCUUCCGCUGCACUACAGCACCAAGAGCUUCUGGAGCUCCAGCAGCAGCGCCAGUCAGCGCAGCUGCGGCGGCAGCAGCACCAGCAGCAGCUGCUGCAGCCCAUGCAGCACAGUUGCCGCUGA